UUUAAUCUUUGUUAAUUAGGUUUUUUUUUAUAUUAUGCUGAUGCUGUUUAUUUCACCCUCGAGGAUGGUGUUCCUCAGCGAGAUUCAAGGAGAUGUGAUGAAAAUGAAGAGAUCCCACUACAUCAAGCGCUUCUACUGUCACUGUUUUGAUCCUCAUCAGUGCAAACCUAAGGGAAGAAGUGUGAGGCCCAAAUUAGGGCUUGAGAAAAGUCGAGGCAGUAAAGCUGUUGUUGCUUCUAAUGCACCAAAGGAGUUUGGUUCUUACACUCUCCUGCUAGAUUGUUGUAGUUUCUUGGAAGAUUAUAGUGGUCACAAAAUGAUUUAUGUUGGUGACAGAAUGUUUUUGUGGGUCAGUUAUUAAUUUUUUGACAUUGAGGAAUCCACACAUGUUAUCAGAUUGACAUUUUUGUUAGUGAUUAUGGUAAAUGAAAUAUAUUUUUUCUU